UUAAUUUAAGGUUUAUUGUUAUUCCUUAUAUAAUUAUUAUUUAUUCUUAAAAAUUAUUUAAGAAUUUAUUAAAUAUGAAAAUUCAAAUUGAGGAAUAUAAAGAUCAAAUUGUAGAUUAUGUAACUGUGGAAAGAAUAAAAAAAUGCCUUAUAAGGCGGUAUGAAAGAGUUACUGAAUCAAAAUGGACGCGAUAUUUCAUUAUUACUUCCAUUAUCCAAACAAUUUUUGCCAUAGUUUUUAUAGCUAGAGUGUUAGACAGAAAUAAUAGAGCAGCAAACCGGUUUAAUAAUGAAUCACAGGAUAUAAAAGACUACAGGUGUAAAACUAUUAAUAGUGACAGAAUACAAAAUAUAAUUGGUGAAAAUACAGUUUUUCUCAUUUUUAAUAUAUUUCAACUUUGGUUUUGCCAGAAUGCGAUUUUUAAUCAAAAUACCAUACAAAUUAUAAAUAUCGCUGUUAUCAAUUAUCUGUGUGCACUUUUUGCUAUAGUUCAAAUUGUUGAAAUUGAUAUAUGGACGAAAAAUGCAAAUAAUUGUCUACCUGGUUUCGAUUAUCAUGCAAUUAUUGCAGCUUAUGAGGUACCAUUAAUAGUAAUAGUAGUAAUAUGCGCAACUUUACAAGUGUUCUUUACUUGGAAGUUAUAUCAACAAUUCGGUUGGAAUAUUUAUAAAAAAAUUGGCGCCGAUCUUAGAAUGCAAAGGAUUUACCGAACAAUGUUAAUUUUCGUUAUGUUACUAAAGAUUGAUCUGUUCUUUAUGAAUUAUUUGGCAAUUGAAGGUUGUAUCGUAACACGACCAGGCCGUUCAAACCAAAAUCUUAGUGAGGGAUUAUAUUACUUUCACGUUUGUAUAACGAUAAUAAUCGUUUUCUUACAGUUACUUGUUUGGCAUUCGUUACGUAAAGAGUCUUCAUUAGGAAUGAAAAUUUUUAUUGGAGCUUGGAUAGUAUGUAUUGCAGACUUUAUAAUAUUACUCGUAGAUUCAAUAAAACCAUCUAGUGAAGAGAGUUGGUACUUUUUCACUAGUUUUAUUGCCGUUGGGAUUAUAAUGGGUUUGGUAACACUUCUAUGGUCAAUAUUUCUAUUAAGAAACUUCGGCAAAGGUCUAAAACCACAUCUCUCUAGGCAAAGCCAUUUGGAAACUUUACCCACGCAACAGACGUCCAACCCAACGGAUUCAUCGACGCCUCAACGUAUAGGCCGCUGGGCUAUCGAUGAUUAAGAGGGGGAAAUAAUAUUCCAUAUAAAAAAAUGAACAUUUAAUAUAAAUUUUUUUUUCCCGUUGUUUUCAUCAAUAAUAUUUACAUAAUUGUGCCAACAAAUUAUUGAAAGAGGGGAAAAAUUAGAUGAAAACAAAAUCGAAUUCCUUUUUGUAAUUUUUGAAAAAAAAAAAUCGAAUUUGUAUUUAUAAUAUACAAAUUCAUUAACAAAAGGAAUGAAGGAAUCAGAGAAAGAAUGAGAAGCAA